GGCGUAGUGCAACACGCAUUUCCAUUUAUUACUUGAAAGUGACAACGUUAGUGAAUUUUAAUAGAAGAUGGAGGAUUCCAAAUUGGCUGCUGUUUGCAAUGGAACUUAUCCCUUUUUUGUGGUUCACUUUGAUGAGUUGACAAUCGGCGAAGUUCAAUAUAAACGAAGUUAAAGAGGUAAGAUCUGGUACAUUUCGAGGAAAGCCACUCUUGGUAACAACCACAAUAGAUGGCGUGGAAAGUCAAGAACAUGAAAAUUUUAAGAAGGAGAUAAAUUUAAGUAAAUCACUGAAACAUCCAAAUAUACGCAAGUUCUUGCCUGGAUCGAAACUCCAAAACAUUACAUCAUUACUGAAAAACUAGACUACAUUUUGUUGCAUUAUUUAAGAGAGAAAGAGAAUAUUAUUAUAGACGAAGAACUUUUCCCUACAUAUUGUCGGCAGAUUAUUGACGGCAUGGAGUAUUUAGAAAGCCAGGAUUUAGUACAUCGAUCUUUAGCUGCGAAACAUAUCUUGCUGACCAAAGACGGCGAUAUAGAAAUAUGUGGUUUGCGAGAAAUGAGAGUUCUUCCUGAUGGCCAAAAUUAUAUAAAAGGAAAACUCGACAAUCCUAAAUAUCGAUGGAUGGGUCCAGAAUCUAUAAAGGAGGACAUAUUUUCGAAUAAAUCUGAUGUUUGGUCUUUUGGAAUUGUCCUUUAUGAAAUUUUCUCAUUGGGUCAGACUCCGUAUGAUAGAAUCAAUGAAGAUCAUGUACUUGAGCAUAUAAAUAAUAACUCGAAACAUUUCACCAAUUUGAUGAGACCCCAAGAUGUUAAGAACUUGGUGACUACUGCAGAAAUGGAGAAAUUCAUUGGCUUAAUACCAAAAUGCUUGAAUGUAGAUCCAAAGAAAAGACCAACUUUUGCCGAAUUGAAGGCCAUGAUCCAGUAAAAAGAAGAAUACUUACCAAUAUUAUAUGUAAAAGAUUAUCAACACUAAUCUAUAAUCUAUCAUUAUUAAUCUAUUCUAUAUAUUUUCAUUAUAUUUCAGUCUACUGUAUUUACAUAUUAUGUAAUGCAACAUGUGUUAUUAUCCUA